AUGUCCACCACAGACCUCAAGCUCGCCGUCGGCACGGCCGGCUUCCCGGGCGAGAAGCUCCAGCCCGCCCUGGACGCGAUCAAGGCGGCGGGGAUCAGGGAGAUCGACACGGCCGAGAUGUACGACAACAACGAGGCCGACCUCGGCUCUGUCAACGCGGCCGACCACUUCACCAUCUCCACCAAGAACCCGGGCGGGUGGCAGCCGGGCGCGCUCAAGGACAUCACGGCGCGGUUCAACGCCUCGCUCGACAAGCUACACACCAAGGCCGUCGACAUCCUGUACUGGGUGCCGCAGGUCGACGCGCUGCACAGGCAGGGCAAGUUCGCCCGGUUCGGGGUGAGCAACUUCUCGCCCGACGAGGUGCGGGCGCUGCACGGGUAUGCCGCCGCAAAAGGGUACGUGCUGCCGACCGUGUACCAGGGCAACUACAACGCCGUGUCGCGGCUGACGGAGGCGACGCUGUUCCCCGUGCUGCGGGAGCUUGGGAUCGCCUUCUACGCGUACUCGCCCGUGGCCGGCGGGUUCCUGACCAAGACGCGGGCGUCGUUCGAGGAGGGGACCGUGGACGGGCGGUUCAGGCGGGGCCACGAGGCCCCCGUCGCCAAGAUGUACCAGGACUUUUACCACAAGCCCGCGCUGCUCGAGGGCCUGGGGCGGUGGGAGGCGCUCGCGGAGGAGGAGGGGGUCCCGAGGGCCGAGCUGGCGUACCGGUGGGUGUACUGGCACUCUGCGCUGCGGCAGGAGCUGGGGGAUGUGGUUAUUGUCGGGGCGAGCAGGCCCGAGCAGGUCACGCUUACGGCGGAGGGGAUCCGGAGGGGCCCGCUGAAGCCUGAGGUUGUGAGGGGGAUCGAGGAGGUGUGGGAGCUGGUUAAGGGGGAUGCUAUUGUUGAUAACUUUGACGCGCUUAAGGGGAGUAAGUGA